GCCCGAGCCCGGCCGCAGCCCUGCGCCGGCGGCUGCUCCGCGCGGACCCGAGCCGGAGCGGGACUGGGACGGGCCGAGGCGGCGGCGAGGCGGCCCCGCCCCGGGGCUCCAUUGUUGCGGCGACCGCGGCUCUGCCGGCUCUCGGCUCCGCUCCACGGUCCCGGCGCCGCCGGCAGGGAGCGAGCGCUGCCGCAGAGGCGGGGAGUGCUGUGCCAUGAGUUGUCGUCAAGGAGUCCUCUGUCUGUCAUUCAUGUCUGCAAGUCCUGUGUCUGGUCAUCGGUGUCUGGCAGAUGGAGCAUCCUGGGCUCAAUGGAAGAGUUAAUAGUUGAACUUCGACUCUUCCUUGAACUCCUGGACCACGAAUAUCUGACAUCCACCGUCAGAGAGAAGAAGGCGGCCAUUGCCGACAUCCUGCUGAGGGUGCAGUCAGCCAAAGGUUUUGAAGUGAAAGAUCAUGCUCAGAAGCAAGAGACCCCCAACAGCCUGCCAGCCCCGCCCCAGCUGCCUCUGCCGGAGAUCCCGCAGCCGUGGCUGCCGCCGGACAGCGGGCCGCCGCCGUUGCCGACGUCCUCCCUCCCAGAAGGCUACUACGAGGAGGCUGUGCCCCUGAGUCCUGGGAAAGCUCCGGAGUACAUCACCUCAAAUUAUGACUCAGAUGCGAUGAGUAGCUCCUACGAAUCGUAUGAUGAAGAGGAGGAGGAUGGAAAGGGGAAGAAAACGCGACACCAGUGGCCGUCCGAAGAGGCUUCCAUGGACCUGGUGAAGGACGCCAAGAUCUGUGCCUUCCUGCUGCGGAAGAAGCGCUUUGGCCAGUGGACCAAGUUACUCUGCGUCAUCAAAGACACCAAGCUACUGUGCUAUAAAAGUUCCAAGGACCAGCAGCCUCAGAUGGAACUGCCGCUCCAAGGGUGCAACAUUACAUAUAUCCCAAAGGACAGCAAAAAGAAGAAACACGAGUUGAAAAUUACUCAGCAAGGCACAGACCCGCUUGUUCUUGCGGUCCAGAGCAAGGAGCAGGCCGAACAGUGGCUGAAGGUGAUCAGAGAAGUCUACAGCGGCUGCAGUGGGCCCGCGGACCUGGAAUGUCCCCCGCCGUCCAGCUCUCCGGUGCACAAGGCAGAACUGGAGAAGAAACUGUCUUCAGAGAGACCAAGCUCAGAUGGAGAGGGUGUUAUAGAAAAUGGAAUUACUAUGUGUAAUGGAAAAGAACAAGUUAAGAGGAAAAAAAGUUCCAAAUCAGAGGCUAAGGGAACCGUUUCUAAAGUCACUGGGAAAAAAAUCACCAAGAUCAUCGGUUUGGGAAAGAAAAAGCCGUCAACGGAUGAGCAGACCUCCUCCGCCGAGGAGGACGUUCCCACGUGUGGCUACCUGAACGUGCUCUCCAACAACCGCUGGCGUGAGCGCUGGUGCCGGGUGAAGGACAACAAGCUGGUUUUCCACAAGGACAGGGCCGACCUGAAGACCCACAUCGCUUCCAUCCCGCUCCGCGGCUGCGAGGUCAUCCCGGGUCUGGAUGCCAAGCACCCCCUGACGUUCCGGCUGCUCCGCCACGGACAGGAGGUCGCCGCGCUGGAGGCGUCUUCUUCUGAAGACAUGGGCAGAUGGAUUGGGAUUUUGCUGGCUGAGACAGGGUCCUCGACAGACCCCGGGGCUCUGCACUAUGACUAUAUAGACGUGGAGAUGUCUGCGAACGUCAUUCAGACAGCGAAACAGACCUUCUGUUUCGUGAACAGGCGACUUCUAUCUACUAAUCCCUAUCUAGGGGGCACCUCCAGCGGCUACGCCCACCCCAGUGGGACGGCACUGCACUAUGACGACGUCCCGUGCAUAGACGGCUCGUUGAGGGGUAAAAAGCCCCCACUAGCGUCCAGCGGGGUUACAGGAAAAGGGAAGACUCUGAGCAACCAGCAGAAGAAAGCCGAUUCGGCAGCCAGCGUGAAGCGCACGCCGUCGAAUGCUGACCAGUACAAAUAUGGCAAGAACCGAGUCGAAGCAGAUGCCAAGCGGUUGCAGACCAAAGAGGAGGAGCUGCUGAAAAGGAAGGAGGGCCUGCGGAACAGGCUGGCGCAGCUCCGGAAGGAAAGGAGAGACCUGCGGGCUGCCAUCGAAGUGAACGCGGGUAGGAAGACCCAGGUGAUUCUGGAGGAUAAGUUGAAGAGGCUGGAGGAGGAGUGUAAGCAGAAGGAGACGGAGCGCGUGAACUUGGAGCUGGAGCUGACGGAGGUCAAGGAGAGCCUGAAGAAGGCCCUGGCAGGCGGCAUUACUCUGGGGCUGGCCAUCGAGCCCAGAUCGGGGACAUCGAGUCCACAGUCUCCGGUUUUUAGGCAUCGGACUCUGGAGAACUCGCCCAUGUCCAGCUGCGAAACCAGCGAUGCAGAGGGUCCCGUGCCGGUGAACAGCGCGGCCAUCCUCAAGAAGAGCCAGCCGGCCGCCAGCAGCUCGCCCUGCCGGGGGCACGUGCUUCGGAAGGCCAAGGAGUGGGAGCUGAAGAACGGGACGUAGAGGACCGCAGGACGGCUGCAGCGCGGGCCGGCGCCGCCCCACCCGACACCGGCGAGCGCGGGACGCCGAGGGCUCGGCAGCGGGCCGGGCGUUCCUGACCGGCUCGGACGCCCUCCCCGGCCCCGGCCCACGUGUAUCCCUUCUACUGUGUAAUGGUGCCCUUAAAGAAAUUUACUGGUAACACUUUGGUUUCCAACUGUAUCUGUUCAAAAACAAAAGGGAUGAAAAGGUAUUGUGAAAGAACCUGCAGCGGACGGAGAAGUGACGUCUCUCUACCCAGUGAAGUGAGCGCUCUAACCAGCUCAGCGCAGCCCCAGGCUGAAGCCGAAUGGGGCAGCAGCCCUGGCCGAGACCCGGACGGGCGUGGAGGGGUCUGGGCCCGAGUGGCCGGGGCGGCCUCUCGGGCCGAUCGUGACCCGUGGACUUGUCACUGCGACGUGAACGGGAGGAACUGGUGUCCCAGCGGCCCCUCCCCACGUGCCUGUCCCCCUCGUCACUAGAGGUAAAAGGACGAGAAAAUCAUGCUGUGAAGCAUUUUUUACCUUUUCAUUUUUUCCUUCUGGACAGAUGCCUUUGUCAUCAGGACAUGAAAAGCUGCCAAUCUUUCUGAAGUUUUUAAAGAUCUCUUUUUUAUUGUGUGUCGCACUUA